AUGAUACAAGAGUAUGCUACCCAGGUGGUUGAUAGAAGAGUCGUGGAAGAAAAGGACAUCGAACCAGAGACAUUCCAAGGCCGAUUACUGGCUGCUGGUAUCUCACGCGAGGAGGCUAUAGCUCAAGUUGUUGAUGUCAUGUUUGCUGGUACCGACGCUGCUGGGACGGCAAUGGCGAUUCUGUGCUGGAACUUGGCUCAGCAUCCCGAGAAAUACGACCGCGUUUACAAGGAAGUCAUCGAAAAUACUGAACUUGACGCCCAAUCCCUGCCUUACCUCACAGGUGUCGUUAAAGAAAGUCUACGUCUGUCUAUGGCUAACCCAACUCGCUUCCCUCGUAUUGUCCCAUCUGGUGGAAUGCACGUUCCCGGUCUACCCAACAUUCCAGCUGGUACCAGCGUCGGCGCCGGCGCAUUCAUGCUGCACCAUAAUCCUGAAGUCUUUCCAGAGCCACGUCAGUUCAUGCCAGAGCGAUGGCUGAAUCCAUCUCAGGAGAUGCUGCGUGAUAGCUUCUACUUCGGAGCUGGCUCGCGGCAGUGCAUCGCGCGGAAUCUUGCGUCUGCUGGGCUUUGGUGGACGGCUGAGGCUCUUAUCCGAAGUGAUGUCCUUCGGGGUGCAAAGAUUGUUCAGGACAAGAUUGAGAUUAUUGAGUGGUUCAAUGCAAAGAUUGUCGGCGAGAAGAUCGAGGUGCAUUGGUGA